GAAUUAUUAUUAAAAAAAAAAAAAAAGAAAAACACAGGGCGAGAGAGGACCAGUUUCGGAUUUAUCAUAUCAAAUAUCUUGUCCUCCUCGUUUUCAUUUCCCAAAACCCUAAAUCUAUCGAUUCUGUUUGGCCUUCCAGAUACCUAUCUUUCUAUCUAUCGUCUCCUCGUCGACUUUAAUCCCGGUCCUUCCUUCAAUCACGCUGUCUUCUCUCUCUCCCACAGAUUGGAUUAUUGACAUGAUAUUAUUGUUCAAAAGAUCAAUGAUGCUGAUUUUUUGGGAUUGCUUUCAAGGAGAUGUCUCCAGCUUCAAAAUCCAAGUCCAAGGACAAAAAGGCUGGCAAGGAACCCCAAAAGGCUUCAUCUAAGCCUUCAGGGCCUGCUAAUGCUGGUAGUGGUAUACCAGCAAGUGCAUACAAUCCACUUUCUGGAACAUUUCAUGCGCUGGAAAUAGUUCCAAUGUCCUCUGCUUCACCUCGGCAUGCUAAUGGUCGUUACCAGAACAUAGAUGAGACAGAUGAUCACCUUGGUGGUUCACUUGGAACUGGGGUUGAGUAUGAUUCUGUUUCAAAUAAUGGCAGCUGGUCUGGUGAGUCAGAAGAUCAUAAAGAGAAGAAUCUUCCUAUUCAGCAGGAAACAAUCCCAGGGGCUGACAAUGACAAGAGAGAAAAAACCCGUCAAAAAAAUGAGAGGAAGCAUCAGCGUCAAAAGGAGAGGCGAGCCCAGGAAUUGCAUGAGCGGUGUAGUAGCUAUCUCAUGUCAAGAAAGCUACAAGCACUUGCUCAACAGCUUGUUGUGAUGGGAUUUUCACACGAGCGGGCUACAAUGGCUCUAAUAUUAAAUGAAGGUAAAGUAGAAGACUCUGUUUCAUGGCUAUUUGAAGUGGGUGAAGAUGCAGAUAAAAACCGGGAUCAAAAACUUGGAGGGGGUAAGUUGAAAAUUGACAUAUCAGAAGAGCAUGCUAGAUUGGCUGAUAUGGAAAUAAGAUACAAGUGCAACAAGCAGGAGGUUGAAAGAGCUGUGGUUGCCUCUGAAGGUGAUCUUGAAAAGGCAGCAGAAAGUUUAAGAGAACUCAAGCUGGAUCCACCUGCUGCUCCACUGAAGUCUGAUGAAGAAACUGGCGAUCCUCCAGUAGUUAGUAAUGGUAAACUUUCAGUUGCAGUUAGCCAGAAUGUGUUGGGGCAACAACCACAGAAGCCCAAUCUACCUUCUAUGAUACAACAAAGAAGAGAUGACAGGGAUUUUAAUUACACAAAGACAUCUCUGCCAGUUGCAGAAUCUCCAGAAUCUGGGAAUAAAAAUCUGCAGCCUUUGAAGAGAAUACAGCCAAAGAUGGAGUGGGCAAAACCACAGCAAACUGCUGUGCUUGCUGAGAAAAGAUGGCCAAAUGCUGGAUCAAGUCCUUCUGUUUCUUAUUCUUUGGCAUCAUCUUUGCAAGUCUCAACUCCGCCAUCCAAGACAGAAGCACGUUUUGUGGCUGUUGGCAGUGAAUAUAAGAAUCUUCACCCUGGGACAGUUGGGGAACCGAUCAUCAUGAUGCAAAGGCCUCAAUCUGUGAAUACAAAGCAGGUUCCAGGUACAUGCAUAAGCUCUUCUCCUCCUGGAACAGCUGCCAGUUGGUAUCCUACUAAUAGUGUGAAGUUCAAUGGCUUGAUGCCUUACAUUCCCACCACGAGAAGCCCCAGUCCGAACAAUCUUAAUUCAAAUAAAAUGUUGCAUGAACUUCAUUUUCAACAACAGCAAUACUUUGUGCCAGGCAGUAGCGCAGGGGAUUCUCCUGGAAUCAGCAGAGGAAAUGGCUUAUGUAAUAGAACCGGUUCAUCAUCUACACUUGCUGCCGCUUCAUCUCUUGGACUCUUCUCUGGGUUGGGUGGCUCAGCUGGUUCGUCGGGUGCCUCUUCUCCAGUUGACUGGAGCACUGCUGGCUCAGUGGCUCAGUUAGAUUACGCCAGCGUAGACUGGAGUUUGGAUCGAGGAUUGUCCUCUACAAGGCUUAGUGGAAUGUGGAUGGGCCCAGGUUAUUUAAAAAAUGGCACCCAAAUACAUUCAAGUAGUGCUAGCUUGGGUGCUAAGUUGGCAAUGAGAACAACUGCAAAUGGGAAUGGUAUACGCAUUCCAGGAUUGCAGGACUGUGGAGCGGCCAAUGCAGAAACAUCUGCUUCUUAUUCACAUGAAUGGACGUCUCCAUUUGAAGGGAAAGAUAUCUUUACUUUACCCAGACAGUUUGUUUCAUCUCCUUCACUGUAGGGUGGGGCGGUAUGAUUUCAAUGAAUAAAAUAGAGAAAAAAAACUGGAAAAUAUGUUGAAUUUGA